AUGAAUGGCCGCAGUGGUACCAUGUCCCCCGUCUCUGCCGAUGGCAGCGAGUGGUCUGGCAUCAACCAAUACCAGGCCGGCAAUCCCAAAUCUGAUCCCCCGUUCUCCCCAACUUCAUCAGGUCGCGGCAAUCUCGCGACCCCGCCAACCUCGGGCGGUCCCCCAGGCCCGAUGGGUUCAAAUGGGGGGAUGCCAAAUGGCCCUCCUCGCCGACCUACUGACCCAGGAAAUCCCUCUCCUCCAAGCUCUGUCGCCGCGCGAUCGAGUGAUGGCACCUUAGCAGAUCAGCAGAGCAGACGGUAUCGCCGGAUGGAGGAGUCGUUGGCCCAACACUACAAUGCCCUGCGGCGGUUCCUGGGUAACUCAUAUCAGUCGGACAGGGCCAAUAAGCCGAACAAGGCUCGCGACAAGCUGCUGAGGCUCUCGCCCACGCAGUUCCACGAAUUGAGUACCGACGUGUUCGACGAACUGGUCCGUCGGCAGCAAUCUGCCGGAGGACCAGGACGGCCGCCCAGGCCCGAUGUCCCGCCAUUCUUGCCUCCUCGCCCCGACUUCCACGAGAAACGCAACCAGGCCCGGCAGAAGCUAGCCUCUCUGCAGCCUCAGCGAUUUCGCGACCUUUCGGCGGACGUCUUCAGCGAACUGGAGCGACGGUUUCCUCAAUUUGCGGGUUCGGACAUGCCCCGGAUGGGCAGUCCAGCGCCCAGUGUUCGUGGUCCUCCGAACGGCUAUAGACCCGGCUCCAAUGGCCCUCCUCCUGGGAGAGGCUAUCCAUCAGGCGGUCCGCCGAAUGGUCGGUUCCCGCCGCGUCAACAAUCCCUGGGUGGUGGAUCUCCUCCGAUAGGCCCGAACGGGGAACCCGAGAUGAAGUCGUUCCAGAGCAACACCAUUGUUCCCAACAAGAGUACUCUGGUCGAAGAUGAUGACGAUGGUGCUGGUAUCGAGGACGAUUACGAUGGACGAAGCGAUGCAUUUGCUCUGGAUGGAGUUUUACAGAGUCGAAGAGAGACAGCGACGACAUUAGGCGACCGAGACAAGAAGACGACGUCCUUGCAGGAGCGGGUCGACGAGCUGGAGGGGCUACUGAAAUCGAAGGAUCAGGAAAUAUCCCGCUUACAGGAGGAACAGGACAAAUCUCAGGCUAGCGGUGCCGAGCGGCAAGAAUGGGAGACUCUCAAGGCCGAAUUGGAAAGUAAGAUCGCGCAUUUGGAAAGCGUCAAUAGCUCUCUUAGAUCCGAGCUCGAUCAAGCGCGAGCCGACCAGUCGAACAUGGAGCGUGAUCUCCGGGCACAGCUCGAGGCCGCGCAGAGCACGGUGGGAGACAGCGAUUUACAAGCACGGUUUGAUGAUCUUGAAAAGCGACAUCAGAGUCUCCAAGAAGAGCUGCGGGAACAGCAACAAGUUACGGAGGAAGUGCGACGGGACGCCGCCAACUUCCUGAAAGAAAUGAGAGCCAUGUCGGAGCGCAGCAAUGCCACUUGGGAACGAGAGGAGAAGCUGUCUCGCGAUGUGAACCGACUUGAAGAGGAAGUGAAGGAAUGGAAGAGUCGAUAUAUCAAGGCCCGGACGCAGUUACGGCACCUCAGGGCUUCCUCGGGCGGCAUCUCGAACUUCCGUCAAGACGUUGGUGCUCUUGCCAAGGACAACGAGUUCAUGCAGCCUACCGGCCUGGUGAAAGAUGUGCACGUCACUAAGUUCCAGAUGUCUAUCGACGAGUUGUUGCGGACUGCCCGAUCCGGAGAGCCCGGAUUAGUUCUCGACCAGAUGAAGGUCGUUGUCGUUGCUGUUCGCCAUAUAACCCAGGAUAUCGAAGCGAGCAACAACAACAACGGAGAAGAGCUGUCGCCCGUACAGAAGAAAGCCAAGAACAGGGUGUCUGCGACCGCAAACAACCUGAUCACUGCUUCCAAAAACUUUGCCAGUUCGAAUGGACUGUCUCCUGUUUCACUUCUUGAUGCGGCUGCGUCUCAUCUCAGCACUGCUGUCGUGGAGCUUCUUCGCCUCGUUAAGAUCCGCCCCACUCCUGCAGAGGAGCUCGAAGAUGAAGAAGACAACAUUGCCCCCAUGCAGUCACCGGGCUAUUUCAGUGUGGCUGCCAGCCAGAAUCGGAUGAGUAACAAUGAGUCGGUGUACAGUGCGAUCAGCUCGCCAUCUGUCAGGUCCCGAAGUCAGACCAACUCCCGUCGGCCGUUCUCUCGAAAUGGUGUCCCGAAUGGACAGGGUUUCGGCAUGAAGCUGGGGUAUGGUAUGCGGCCCCAGGACAGCGAGCUGGAAGAACUCAAGCUGUAUCUUGAGGAUCAGACCGAGGGACUUGUCCAAUCAAUCCAGGCCCUUGUUGCCAGCAUUCGUGCUGGAGACGAGAUGCCGGCUAUCCGUAGCCAUAUCUCGGCCAUAUCUGCGGUGGUCGGAAAUGUCGUGUCCUCGACAGAGAAUGCCAUGAACAAGCCGGAUAUUAAUCCCGCUCUCCGAGAACGGGUGUCCCCUGUUGUUCAGACAUUGUCGAGCUGCCGUGAUCGCCUGUCCGAAACCGGGGCUGAGGGUGAAGAUGUAACCAACCCUGCUGAGCUGCGGGACGUGACCAACAAACUGCCUCCUAUCGCAUUCGAAAUCGCCCGAGAAACGAAAGAGCUAGUACAGCGUAUUGACCAGCUCGAGUAUGACGACGGUGAUGACGACUUCCGCUAA